CAAUAGAUGUCAGGUUUUUCCGCGUCGUUCCCCUGAACUAGCAAACCCUAACAAGAAUCAAUUUUCUCUUUCAGUAAGAAGAAAACCCUAAAAUAAUUCGAUCUUACACUUCAGUAGGAUACAUUUGAACGCCAUUGUGGAAUCGGCUGCAUUCACUUUCCUCACAGUUGGAAGAAGAUUAACAGAUCAAUGGCAGACAUUGAGAACCAACCAGAAGUUACAUUACCCGCCAAGCGUAAACCCGACAUUUGCUGCCAAGGCCAAGAAAAUCUCCCAACCAAAACCCAAAAGCUGCAGGCUUUCGGCAAAAAUUCAACAGCUCCCGAAGAAAAGUGUGGUCUUAAUGAAGAAGAAGAGAACGGGAACAAAAUUCAUAUUGUAGAUUCUUCUACUGAAGAGAAAAUCGUAAAUAAUUCCGGGAAUUCGGAGGAAAAAAUCGAUCAACCUAAAGAGGAAGCUGAAGAAGAUGAGGAGGCUGAUUAUGAAGAAGAAGAAGAAGACGCGGGAGAUGACGAGGAUGACGACAGCGGCGAUCAAUCGAGCGAAGAAGCUGAAGUGGACAGGAAGGGCAAGGGGAUUUUGCGAGACGAUAAAGGAAAAGGGAAAUUGAUCGAAGAGGAAGAUAGUGAUGACUCUAGUGAUGGCGGGAACGAAUCAGAGGCCGAUAGCGACUUAUCUGAUGAUCCGCUGGCAGAGGUCGAUUUGGAUAACAUUCUUCCGUCGAGGACCAGGCGGCGGGUGGUGCAGCCUGGGUUUUACAUUGCUAAUGAUCCGGGUAACAAUGGAGAUGAUGACAGUGAUGACAGUGAUGCUUGAAACGAGGAAGCUUUUGUAGGAAUGACGCUGGACUGUACUUUAGUUGGGAAAGAGACUGAGCGAAAGGAUAGUGCAGUUUUGUCCUAGACCAAGUAAAAGUAUGACGAACAUUCUAGCAUGAGUAGUGGGGAAAGAGGCUGCAGCAAGGCAGUAUGGUUUGAAUCAAGUGUGCAAGUGUUGCAGAUCGUUUAGGUCUGAAGUAUUUUGCAUACAAUAACCGAGAUUGGUACAAUGAUAAAUACUGUCAUUUAACAAUGGGCUGUUGAGACAAUGAGGGUUAUGUUUAAUUGUAAUGUCUAACCUAGGUAUGGUCUAUGAUCCCUAUCUCAAAUUCACUGUUGAAAUCCUCAUCCUGCCAUUUAGCCUCUACAGAUAGUCGUGUAUGGAUAGUUAAACAGAGCGGGUAUCCUGACUUUGGUUGAUCGGUCCAAGAUGGCAUUUCACAUUUUUGGUAAUUCACAUACUUUUAGUAAUGUGAUCUUUAAACCUGUCCUCAGCUGUACUUUAGUUGGACUAUUGAUUCAUUAAUCUUUUUGCACAUAUGGGUCAUAAAUGACCUGUAAUCUUAGCUCUACCUUAAAAUGUUCUGUUGAUAACUUUUAGUUUGGAAGUGCAGCUUUCUUAUCUUUUAUCAGGAACAAAAAGUUCUUGUAAUUGACCCUCCUACUUCUGUAUACCAGGCAAUUCAAAGAGUUGCUGACAUUAAAACUGGCCUACUUAUUAUGUUUUGGUAGGCAGGGCUUUUUCAGGAUAACCUUGCCUUGAAAAUACUCUGUGCCUUUCCUAUCAGAACAUCAUGGGCUGCUCCCCGAAAAUGUACACUAAUGUGGCGAUACAUUUUCAAAAUAGCAGGUUAUAUCACUUGUUUCCAAGUAUCAUAAAUAAUAAUAGUUGUUUUCUAGCUGUUGACCAGUCGAGCCCCUAGGUUAUUUGGUUAGCUGAAAAUGGUGUCCCCCAGAGGAAGAGCUUGUGUAUGUGUGAUACUCUGGGACUUCUGGACACUUUUUGCUUGCACUACUUCCUUUGGACUUUAGGCUUGAUGGAAUCCCUCAUUCAUCUCCAAACUCAGACCUAUAAGCGCAGAUUUUUUGCGGAGUGGAAGAUGUGCAGCUUGCUAAGUUUGUGUGAGACUGAAGUUCUUCUUGACUGUUUAAUCUAUUUUUAUAUGCUUUUUUGGAUGGUUUUCAUCUAAUGUUUUAUUUCGGAGACUUGUUGCUGGUGAACAAACUCUUCUGCAGGAGCAAGAGCUAUCAUGCCAGGCUCUCCGUAAGAAUUCUUGCUUGCCAGUAGAUUACACUACUAACAUGAUAUUUGCAGAUGACUGUGGUUUUUCUCAUCAUAUCAAAAAUAGAAUCUAGCGGAAGGGUGUGCUAGGUUUUUUCCAAGUUAUAUUUUGAAAAGGGUAUGAAAUUGUGUAGAAUCUACUUGCCAAAUUUUGUGGAAUUUGAUACAUAUUAUUUUAACUUCAUAGAUAAAUCUAUAUGAGCUCAAAUUGUUAAUUCUCA